UUUUGCGCGAGGCACAGACAUCAGUCGGUUUGGGUAGCGCUAUAAAAUUGUUUACGUCUUACUGAACAAGUAGAUAAGUAUUUUGAAAAUGGAAUCAGCUAACCAGCUCGUGUCUGUUGGAACGUUUCAGGUGCUUAAAUUACCCCUUGGAUUUAUCCGCGUUUUGGAAUGGCUUUUUGCCAUUUUUGCAUUUGCAACAUGUGGAGGCUACAGUGGACAGCUGCGGGUUAGUGUUGACUGUCAGCUUGACAAGGCCAGCAGCAACCUCAGUAUUGGCAUCGAUUUUGCCUAUCCUUUUAGGUUGCACCAGGUGUCCUUUGAGGCUCCGCUGUGUGAUGGGAGGAGGAGGGAAAGUCUCUUCCUCAUUGGGGACUACUCUUCCUCAGCUGAGUUCUUCGUCACCAUUGCUGUGUUUGCCUUCCUCUACUCCCUCAUGGCCACCAUAGUCUACAUCUUCUUCCAGAACAAGUACCGCGAGAACAACCGAGGCCCUCUCAUUGACUUCAUAGUGACGGUGGUGUUCGCCUUCAUGUGGCUGGUCAGUUCUUCGGCCUGGGCUCAGGCCUUGUCGGACGUCAAGGUCGCCACAGAUCCAGAUGAGGUGCUGGAGCUCAUGUCUGCCUGUAAGGUCAUGACCAACAAGUGUGGCUUAGUGCAAGGACCCCGUUGGUCAGGCCUUAACACCUCUGUGGUGUUUGGCUUCCUAAACUUCGUCCUGUGGGCAGGAAACAUCUGGUUUGUUUUCAAGGAGACUGGCUGGCAUAAGGGAGGACCUGCUCGGUACGCUGGAGCACCGCCCGAAAAACAGGCCGCGACCUUCAGCCAGCAGCAGCCCUACAACCAGGGCAGCUUCGACCAGUCAGGAGGCUACAGCGGCCAGGGAGACCGGGAGCAGGCAUCAGAAUACAGUCCUGUGGGCGAACCCACCUCCUACUCUAAUCAGAUGUAGACUUGCAGUCUGAUUGGCACAUAGGUGUUCUAUAAGGGCAAAUUCA